GCCGUUCUACGCACAGGGCCACCAUGACAGUCUGCACAGUUGCAUGCUUGGAAUUUUGCUACCGAGUUGUGCUUGCUAGGACCUCGUUGUUUUCGACAUUGUGUGUAAGAGAAGAGGCUGAAAUGAAAGCACAGAGAGCGGACACCUGUGCGUGAUGCUCGGUAGAUAACGUUAUUAAAGUGGGGUGGUGGGGGGGGGACAGCGGGUGGUUCGAGAGCGACGACAGCCCGAGCAUCAUUCAGUGUCAGCCAGAGGAGCCUGGUUAUUCCUGCUGCGACCUCAAGGUAGCUUCUGAGACAACACACUGAGUCAACAAUGCCUGCGGACCCCCUGCCUGAACGCCCAGUCUGCGGUAGUGAUUUGGUGUCGGACGUCUUGAAGCCAAAGCACCUUUACAAAAAACCCUGACUGCCGGUGUCUGUGGGUGUCAACUUCCUUCUGGUUCCACUUCCUGGCCUCUGCUGUUGCUGAACACUUUCUCAUCUCCUCUUAGGAGGGGCAGGAUGCCUUAAGUGGUUUGAGAAACUUCUAUUGCUGUAUGGGUAUAAUGCAAGCAUGUGUCCUGCUGGAGCUCACUUGAUUGAGGCACCAAAUCCUCACCGGCUUUAGGAAUGCUUUGCACUAGACUUUGACCUCUGUACAUACGGACUGUGUUGGAGAGAAUCUCCCUGCAGGAAUCAAGUAAUUAUCACUCCACUUAUCAAUUUAUUGGUAUAUCCACACCCAAGAAAAGACCUUCAGCCUCAGACGGGGCCUCUGCAGCUCCCCUCCCCUUCGCCAGCCCAGUACUAUGCUGGGUGCAGUCCUGCGGAGGAACAUGUCCCAGAAGCUGAGUGUGCUGCUGCUGUUAUUUGGCCUGGUGUGGGGACUUAUGCUGCUGCGUUACACUGUGCAGCAGCCUCGUCACCAGAGCAGCGCCGAGCUACGUGAGCAGAUCCUGGAUCUCAGCCGGCGAUACGUCAAGGUCCUGACAGAGGAGAACCAGAAUGCACCUGGUGGGCUACAGGGAACCUCUAUGGCUGGCUUCGCUGAUCUGAAGAGGACUAUCGCUGUGCUACUGGAUGACAUUCUGACUCGACUGGUCAAACUGGAAGGGAAAAUCGAGUUGGCCGCCAACGCCUCCUCCACAAAUACCUCCCACACAGGCGUCCCUGCCUCGGCUCCUGCUGCCCUGCAGAAAUCCUCAAAGCAGGACACACCUGGCCGACACCCAGAAACAUCACGCCUCCACCCACACAUCCCCAAUAGGCCUCGGCCACAUCAACGCGCAUAGUCUUUAUAGAUAUAGUAAUAUUUUCCCUUUUAAUUAUUUUUAGCACAUCACACUUUCCCAGCAUGUAUCGCUGAUGAUACAACAUCAGACAAAUGAAAAGCAAUAGGGAGAAAUAUAGACAUCAAGAAAUGGAUCAGCCAGCUCAGAAGAAAGGGGGACUUCUUUAUGCUCUAUAUGCUGAUAUUUAUUUAUUUUUUACCAAGACAUUUUUUAAAUAUUUUCAUUGCUGAUUUUGUUUGGCUUCGAUUUUAGCUUUUAUUUUAUAAUGCCAUAUUUGAAUUUUAGGAUUUUUUUUAAUGCAAAUGCAGAGAGUUAUAAAUACUCUCUAAACUGAACCAGAUUCUCACACGCUUUUAUGAAAAAAAUGGCUUGAAAUGUUUAACUAUCUACAUUGGAAACCAUUAUACAAUACUGCUUCAAUAUAUCAAAAUGCUGAACUAAACAGUACACUCACGAUAGGUAGGUUUUAUGGGUUUUUUUAGUUUUUAGUUGGUGCAGUUGCUAAAUUACUGUAUAAAGAAGAUUCUACUUUAAGCUUACACAUAGUCUUAAGAACAAUUAAACCGUAUAGUUUGCCUGUAAGAGAUAAUCCAAAGAAUGUUAUUUGCACUCCCUCUGCAGGCAGUGUAAUUGUGUAUUUACAAUCACUGCAAGGCAGUUUGAGGAUUAUGCAGAAUAUGACGGAAUGAGGCCUGUUUGCGACUGUAAACAUGAGUGUGUGUGUGUGUACUUUGUCUCAGUUGAAGUCCAAUGGUUCCCUUGCUGAGUCUUGAUAAAUGAUUUAAUUAGAUGUGUAGCACAUUGAAUGUACUUUGUAGUCAGUCUUAAGCCCUUCCGUGCUGUAACGAUGACUGACCUACUGCUUACACAUGUUCAGGGUUCAUGUUGCACUGUGACUCUAUACAGGUUUUCUAAAAAUACUGUGCUCAUCCAACUUUGACUUGAGGGAUAUUUUAGGAGGGUGGACGUCGGGCUCUGUAAUUUUAAUUCUUGCAGCCUUUCUGCUGGUUGUGCGUAUUGUUUCCAUUAUACUGAAAUAUCUGGCACCUGCCCAGAGGAAGAAGAUCUUUAGUUUGCACGUCAUGAUGCUCAUUAACAUGAUUACUUUGUGUGACAGGAAUGAUUGGCAAUACUUGCAUCAAUACUACUUUGGGAUUGUAUGAGACAGGGAUAAUGUGGAUGUCAUACUAAAACAUGAGGGGAAAAUACUUCAAAAUGUUGCUAACCCAUCACAGACCUAAAUAUAAAUGAAGGCCUCAACUGAUUUAGCAAAGUGGUUUGACUGUGUUUGCAUUGAGUAACGCCAUGAAUGUACUUUGCGUCCUAAUGCUAAAGUAGAAAAUGUGGUGAGCCAGACAACUGCUGUGAGAUAGCUUUACUAAUAAA